GUCACAACAUGUUGACAUUUCGACAUAACCUCACUUUCUAAUUACUUUUGAAUUUUUAUUUACUUUAAAAUUCACACAUAAAAAGAACCCCUAAAAAAAUAGAAAAAUGAGAGUAGUUGCUUUGAUAAGUGGUGGUAAAGACAGCUGCUUUAAUAUGAUGCAGUGUAUAGCAGCCGGUCACAAAAUCGUGGCUUUGGCGAAUUUGGUUCCAUCUGGACGCACUGAAAUUGAUAGUUACAUGUAUCAAAGUGUUGGAUAUGAAGCCAUAGAACUAAUAGCUGAAUCUAUGGAUUUGCCUUUAUUUAGAAUUGAAACUAAAGGAAAAUCGGAACAAUUGGGGCGUAUUUAUGAGCCAAAAGAACAUGAUGAAGUUGAAGAUUUAUUCUCACUUUUAGAAUUAAUUAAGAAAGAAAUUGAGUUUGAUGCGGUGUCUGUUGGGGCUAUUUUAUCAGAUUAUCAAAGGAUUCGUGUGGAGAAUGUUUGUUCACGUUUAAAUCUAUUUUCAUUGGCUUAUCUUUGGCAAAGAGACCAAAACGAUUUAUUAAAUGAUAUGAUAAAAUGUGAAAUUGAUGCGAUUAUUAUAAAGGUGGCUGCGAUGGGUUUAGAACCUUCCCGACAUUUAGGAAGGUCUUUGCGUUUAGUCGAACCACAUCUACAAACUAUUCAUGAACAAUAUGGGGUUAACAUUUGCGGUGAAGGUGGAGAAUAUGAAACUUUAACUAUUGAUUGUCCCUUGUAUAAAAGUCGAAUUGUUAUAGAAGAAUCAGAAAUUGUUAUUCACUCAAAUGAUCCAAUAGCCCCUGUGGGUUAUUUAAAAUUAAAUAAAUUAAGAUUAGAAUUAAAAUUACCUCCUUUGGAUUUAACCCAUCGCUUAGCCGGGCUUCCAUUAAAAGAUAGCGAUGGUUAUGUAACAGAUUAUGGUGAAGAAGCAACUGAAAAUGAAGAAAUUGAACCUGAAAUUGAUACAAUUAAAGAAUCUUCGACUUUAAUAAAAUACAACCCCGAUUUUAUUAAUAUAAACCAAAAAAUUAACUCAGUAAAGUGUUCUAAUGGCUGGUUAUGGAUCAGUGGUUGUACCGGGGAAAGUGACGAUCCCAAAGAAGCGAUUAAAAAUGCUUUGGAAAAGUUAAAGUGUGAAUUAAAUAAUCAUUCGCAAUCUUUGAAAGAUGUUUGUACAAUUAGUUUGUAUAUUUCGGAUAUGUCUCAAUUUGCCACAAUUAAUUCUGUUUAUGUGGAAGUUUUAAACUUUCCAAAUCCGCCUACAAGAGCUUGUGUUCAAGUGCCUUUACCGAAAAACUGCCCUGUUAUUAUUGAAGCAAUAUCAUGGAAUGGUAAAGAAUCUGGUAUGAUGGGUGAUCAACUUCAAGAAAGAAAUAUAAUGCACGUCCAAAGUAUUUCGCAUUGGGCCCCAGCAAGUAUAGGUCCUUAUAGCCAAACGGUUAAAGUGGGUGACAUAAUUCAUUUAGCGGGCCAAAUUGGUUUGGUUCCGGGCAGUUUACAAUUGGUUAAUGGAGGAGUUAAACAACAAUGUCAACUUGCUUUAAGACACGUCGGAAGGUUAAUUAAAGCUGUUGAUAUUAAUGCAACAAUUAGAGAUAUCGUCCAGGGAGUUUGUUAUAUAAGCGAUUUAAAACACGUUGAAACCGUUCGUAAAUUAUGGGAGGAAUUCACGAAUAACGCAAUUAUGAAUUAUGUUGUGGUGGAAACUUUACCGAAAAAUGCUUUGGUUGAAUGGCACGUUUGGGGUCAUUUGCAUAAUAAUCAAUUUGAAUAUGAAGAAACUGGUAAAUGUAUUGAUGCUUGGUCAAUUUUGAUUUAUCGUCGUUGGAAUUAUGAAAAUAACAUCUCGGCGAUUGUGUGUCAUGUUGAUAGAUCAGAAGAACCGGAUGAAGAUGUUACUAAAGAAAUUUUUAAAGAAACUAUCGAAUAUUUAUUGCAUAAACUUCAACAAGGACACGAAAGCGAUAAAAACACAGUUUCUACUUUAAAAAUUUUUUGUCCGGUUAUGAAGAAAAUGGAUCUUUUUGUGGAUGUCCUGGAGGAUUUAAAGGAUAACGUGUCGUUUUCUUAUACGAUUAUUCCUGUUGUAGCACUGAAAGGACCAAAUACUCAUCUCUCUAUUUGCGGUAUCCGCAUUUAUUAAUUUGUAGUCAUGAUGAAUUUAGUUUGUUUUUAUUUAGAAUUGUUUGAAAAAAAAUAAAGUAUUUAGA